AUGGGAAUAUUCGUCCGAGUAACCCUUACUGGCCUCAUCGGACUCCAGAGAAUGGAUCCCCCUUUCAAGGUCAUAAUUGUCGGGGGAUCAAUUGCCGGCCUUACUCUCGCGCACUGCCUGCACAGGGCCGAGAUCCCCUGCAUUGUCCUCGAAAAGCGACCUAAAAUUGCCCCCCUGGAAGGAGCAUCUGUUGCCAUCCUGCCAAACGGGGCGCGAAUCCUGGAACAACUGGGGCUCUACGACGCGGUCGAGAAGCUGGUCAAGCCAAAGCACGUCUUGAAUAUGUAUUUCCCAGACGGGUUCCAAUUUAGCGAUGCGUAUCCCAGGACUAUGAAUGAGCUCUUCGGGUUCCCAAUGGCGUGUCUGGACCGUCAACAAUUACUCCAAGUUCUGUAUCGGUUGUUUCCCAAGAGAUCCGACAUCUACGUGGGCAAAAGUGUCAUACGGGUUGACCAACAAGACAGCCGUGUGCUGGUGUACACUGCAGAUGGAAGCACCUACGAGGGUGACCUGGUCGUAGGUGCCGACGGAGUCCACAGCCGUGUUCGAACUCAGAUGUGGCGCGCAGCAAAAGUGCGACGGCCUGGUCUGUUCAGUGAAAGCGAGAUAAGAGGAAUGAGUAUCGAGUAUGCCUGUAUUUUCGGUGCCUCCUCUACGGUUCCAGGACUGGACGAGCGACACCUACAUUCAAGGGUAGACAACGGGACAGCAUUCAUCCUCGUCCCGGGAGUCAAUGGACGAUUGUCCUGGUUCAUCAUUGUCAAAUUAGACCAAAAAUACCAAUACGGUAGCGCACCGCGGUUCUCUGUCAAAGACGCCGCAGCCUGGGGUGAGCGAUUGACGGACAAAUACAUAUGGAAGGACAUCAAGUUCGAGCAGGUGUGGCAGAAUCGCGAGACCGUCGCCAUGACGGCACUGGAGGAAAAUAUAUUUCAAAAUUGGAGUUGCGGCCGCAUUGUCUGUAUUGGCGAUAGCAUGCACAAGAUGACGCCGAAUCUCGGACAAGGGGCCAACUGUGCUAUUGAAGACGCUGCUGCCCUGACCAACAAGCUACACGAUGCUCUGAGGGUUAAACAUCCAGGACACAAGCUAUGUGAUGACGAGAUUGAGCAGGUCCUGUCCGAAUUCAGCAACAUCCAAGUUAAACGCAUAUCCAAAAUCUACAACGUGUCGUGGAUCACCGCGCGCUUGCAGACACGAGCAAAUCUGGUGUACAGGUCCCUCCUAGUCCUAGUCUAA